AUGCGGAGAGGCGUCACCAUGUUCCUGCUCGUCACCAUCGUCGUCCUCGGCUUCGCGGUACACAGCGUAUGGACACUGCUCGGUCUUCUGAUUGCGACUGGCCGCGAGGAUGCCAUUCUCCGCGGAGAACUCCCUGCGCCCAACUCGAGCGCGAUUAGUGAUGCGCCGCAAUUGAUCCCCAAGAUCAUCCACCAGACGUACAUCAACGACAGCAUACCGCUGCACUGGAAGGGCCCCCAGCAGAGCUGCCUGGACCUCCAUCCCGACUACGAGUACAAGCUGUGGACCGACAAGAAGUCGCGCGAGUUUAUCGCUCAAGAAUACCCAUGGUUCCUCGAGACCUUCGACGGCUACCCCUACCCCAUCCAGCGCGCCGAUGCUAUUCGCUACUUUGUCCUCCACCACUUUGGUGGAAUCUACAUUGACCUGGACGAUGGAUGCAACCGCAGUCUCGACCCUCUUCUUGCCUACCCAGCCUGGGUUCGCCGCACCAUUCCCACUGGUAUCUCAAACGAUGCCAUGGGCGCGGUCCCUCGUCACCCCUUCUUCCUCAAGGCCAUUGACUCGCUGACCGACUACAACCGUCGCUGGCCACUCCCCUACAUCACCGUCAUGGCCUCCACCGGACCUCUCUUCCUCAGUCUUGUGUGGAGACAUUACAACAACGCCGGCCCCAUCGACCAGAACCGCGUGCGCAUCCUGUUCCCCGAAGAAUACAACAACCACCCCUGGAGUUUCUUCACUCACCACCUCGGAAACAGCUGGCACAGGACCGAUGUCAAGAUCAUCUUCUGGCUCGCCAAGCACUGGCUCCUUGUUACCGUCUUCGGAUUCGUUGUUGGAUUUGCAAUCCUCGGCAUGUUGUACAAGUUCUUCGUUCUCAACAAGCGCACGACCGGACCUGGAUCGCCAAAGAUGCGCUACUUCAACCAAAGGAUGCCCUUCUACCGUCGCAUCAGCCAAAAACGGAGCUUCGAGCUCGACGACCGCCACGAAGUCUAA